AUGGCACAAUUGGCCUUGGAUGACCCUGCAUCUCUGAAGAAACUGUUGUCGGAUUGUUCAGUUCCCGCUCCAGUGGUGGCCAAUUUGGAUGUUUUGGGUUACAAAUCAGUAGCACUUUUGGGCUUUGCUGUUCCUAGUGAUGGUCAAGUGGAUGACUUGGUUGAGAAGUUGUUUCCUCGCGAUCUUGGUGAGCAGGUUGACCUUCUUUCACCUGGCGCUGCUAGUUUGAGGAGGGUUAUUCGACAUUGCUUUGAUGCCUGCCAGGCCAAAGGCGGCAUGCCUACUGAAACUCAGGUUGCGGUUCCUGUCAAACCCAAGCUGUCAUUGGCUGAGUACAAGGAGCUGAAGCUGAAAUUUGCUGAUCAUUUUCCUGGUGAGUUGUUGACGCCUGAGUCUACGCCGAGUUUCAUGUUUGUUGCUGCUUUGAAAGAUCAAUUUGAAACUGGCACAUGGAAUUGGACCCCUUGGAGACAUCGCAUCUCUGAGCAGGCUGAAACUCUUUUUCAGGAAAACAGGAAACCGAGAUCUGACCAUCAGUUGCUCCAAAGGAUGCUGAACCAGCAGGACUUGAUGGACUUCCCUGAGGCUAGUGUGCCAGCUGGGGGCCCGGUGGAACCGGUGUUGCUGCGUUUUCAAACCUUGUUGGCUAAUGCUUUGGCGAUGUUGCAGUUGGUCCACUUGAUUGUCAUUAAGAAAUUUCACUACAAGUUCAACGAGCUUGCACUUGCAACACCUGUGGAUUCAUCAUUGCGAUCACCGAAUUUGCAAGAGGUCUUGGCUGCUGACAAGUCAGUAUGGAUGGCUGUCACCCAUGCGAUGCGUGAAAACUCUUGGUCAUUGAGUGACACCUUGAGUGAGAUUGCACACUGUAGGCAAGAUAUGCAGACGGUCCUUCAACCUCGACCUCGUGCAAACUCCAACCCGGUGACUCCAAAGAAAGCUGAACCUAAAGGGGCGCCCAAAAAGACUUCCACUCCUCCACCCAUUCGGAAGGACAACCAGCUCAAGGACUGGAAUGACAGUUGGCCUGUCAUGCCGACAGUUGCAACCGAUGUUUUGGAGCCCCCUCCAGGUGAUUUUUCUCCGCCUAAUUUUCCUGCGGAAUCAGCCUCCUCGGCGACGGUUGCAAGGCUGAGACUUCCAGAUGGAACUUUCUACAGUCGCCUGACAGCAUGUUAUCCGCAGCUCCUAGCAGAUGCCCUGGCCGAUAUAUUUGUUCAAACACUGGCUCAGCGGGUGGAGGAUGGUGGUGGCCUGAUUAGCACUGCAAUCCUUGAACAGAUUGAUUCCUUACUGAGAUCAUCUCGCUGUGAUCUGAAGACUUUGGAGUCCCUCACCGGGCGAUUGCUUUGGGUCUCAUCCCUCUGGGAAACCUUGCGACCUUUAUUGGGCCCAUUGUACCAGGCCAUGAUGACGGUACCUUUAACUUUGGUUUCAAUUUCAAUUGAGGAGUGGCCUCUUCUUCUUGAUGCUUUGCAGGAUGACCUAACACUCUCCAAAAGUUUGCAUCACCCGUCCUUGCGUAAGAAUGUGAAGGUGGUGCGUGCAGCGAAUUUCACACUCCGUGACAUUGGCCAUGCCAGAUCAUUGCACUUCAAAUCGAGACGUAUUUGGUUAGGUAUCAGUAUACCGGGUUCCAGCAAGCGAAAACUUUUGCAGGAAACCCAUGAAUCCCUUCAAGCCUGGAAGGAUGUUCUUGUGGGCACACCGUUUCUGCACAACAUGAUCCCACCGACAUACCUUCCUCUCCAAGCAUCUGCAGAUGCAUGCGCUACUCAAGGAGAAGCUGGCUUAGGUGGCAUCCUUCGACUGAAUGGAGAAGUUGCCGCAUGGUUUGCCUUCACGAAAGAGGUUUUUCCUUGGAUCUCUGACUCCAUGCAGAAGCACAUCAAUGUUUGGGAAUUACUGGGCCAAUUUGCUUUGGCGUUUUGUUUGGAUCGUGCGUUGAAGGGUCGUUGUACCCCCAUAUCUGUUACGUUUGCUUGUGACAACACAUCGGCAGAAGCUGCUCACCUGAAAGCCUUAUCUACGGCUUCGGGCAUGUGCCAUGUUUUAGCAGCUUUCUUCAGAUUUCAACGCAUUCACAACCUGGAUGUUUCGAUCCAACAUAUUCCUGGCAUGUGGAACGAUGAAGCAGAUGCCCUGAGUCGUGGUAAGCACCUACCACAUUGCACUCCAGAACUGCGGGUUGAUGUCCCAUGGACCUGGCUGUGCUCAUCUCUUCCAGAGCAUUCACCAUCAAACGCCAAAUUUCCGCACACUUUGUUGACCCGCUGA